AAUCAGUUGUCGAUAACAUGAGGCGGAUCUAACGCUCAGUUGUAGGAUCUAAUUGGACUUUCUGUUCUACUGGGCUUUACUAAAGCCGUCUCCUUGUGCCUGGUUGGUCCCCUAGCAGGAAGCCCCCCUCCGGGCUGAAGCCGCCGCCUUGCCCUCACUGCUCUGUUUUAUUCUCACAGAGGAGAGUGUGCGGCUCCGCUGUAGAGCGGUGCAAUGAUAAAAGCCGCAUAUGCGGUAGGCUACACACCUAUCAGACAGGAAAAUACCCAAGACCCAGCCUCAUCCCGGUCUGUCUCUCACCACAGCCUUAUCCACGACUAACAGCAGAACCUGAAGUGCCAGUAGGACCAUGUCGAAGCCAACUGGGGGCGGUACCAACGAUGUUAUCCGCUUCCUGUCUUCGGGGGCAGGACCGGGGUCCCCCACCUCCAACUCUGCCUUCUCUGCCGCCAGCCAGGCCGACUGGGCAGCCAAGAAGCUGGUGUGGGUGCCAUCAGAGAAACAUGGCUUUGAGUCGGCCAGUAUUCAGCAGGAGCGUGGCGACGAGGUGGAGGUUGAGCUCACAGACAGCCAGCGGCGGUUGACUCUGUCCAGGGAGGAGGUGCAGCGCAUGAACCCGCCGCGUUUCAGUAAAGUGGAAGACAUGGCUGACCUCACCUGCCUCAACGAGGCCUCAGUGUUGCACAACCUGAGAGAAAGAUACUACUCUGGUUUGAUAUAUACAUAUUCGGGGCUGUUCUGUGUGGUGGUGAACCCUUACAAGAACCUGCCCAUUUACACAGAGUCCAUUGUGGAGAUGUAUCGUGGCAAAAAGCGCCACGAGAUACCCCCGCACAUCUACGCCAUAUCAGAGGCUGCCUAUCGCAGUAUGCUACAAGACAGAGAAGAUCAGUCAAUCCUGUGCACAGGCGAGUCUGGAGCAGGGAAAACAGAGAACACUAAGAAAGUCAUCCAGUAUUUGGCCCACGUUGCCUCUUCCCAUAAGGGUGGCGCUCUGGGUAGAAACAAGGAAGCAGUCCAGAUGGAUGGGACUAGGUCCUUAACAAGAUGCAGUACUUUGGUGAACAGGAGUAUGCAGUAUGGUGAGCUGGAGAGGCAGCUACUGCAGGCCAACCCCAUACUGGAGGCCUUCGGCAACGCAAAGACUGUUAAGAAUGACAACUCUUCGAGAUUUGGGAAAUUCAUUCGCAUUAAUUUCGAUGUGGCUGGAUAUAUAGUUGGUGCCAACAUUGAGACCUACCUCCUUGAAAAGUCCCGGGCAACUCGUCAGGCUAAAGACGAGAGGACGUUCCAUGUCUUUUACCAGCUGUUGUGUGGAGCCUCAAAGGAAACUAGAACGGACCUGCUCUUAGGAACUGCUGAUGAAUACCGCUUUCUAAGUGGAGGCUCCAUCCCUGUUCCUGGUCAGAGCGAUUCUGAGAACUUUACCCAGACCAUGGACUCUAUGGCCAUAAUGGGCUUCACCCCAGAGGAGUCAUUAUCCAUGUUGAAGGUGAUUUCUGCUGUACUCCAGUUUGGGAACAUUUCAUUCAUGAAGGAGAAGAACCAGGACCAGGCCUCUAUGCCUGAUAACACAGCAGCUCAGAAACUGUGCCAUCUGCUGGGCAUCAACGUGCUGGAGUUCACUCGGGCCAUCCUCACUCCCAGGAUUAAAGUGGGUCGAGAGUAUGUGCAGAAGGCCCAGACUAAAGAGCAGGCUGAUUUUGCUGUGGAGGCACUGGCGAAGGCCACGUACGAACGUCUGUUCCGGUGGUUGGUGCACAGAAUCAACAGAGCACUGGACCGAAGGCAGAGGCAGGGAGCCUCCUUCAUUGGCAUCUUGGACAUAGCUGGCUUUGAGAUAUUCCAGCUAAACUCCUUCGAGCAGCUGUGCAUCAACUACACCAACGAGAAGCUGCAGCAGCUCUUCAACCACACUAUGUUCAUCCUGGAGCAGGAGGAGUACCAGCGGGAGGGCAUCGAGUGGAACUUUAUUGACUUUGGCCUGGACCUGCAGCCCUGCAUUGACCUCAUUGAGAGACCGGCCAACCCACCUGGUGUUCUGGCCCUGCUGGAUGAAGAGUGCUGGUUUCCGCGGGCCACAGACCGCUCAUUCGUGGAGAAGCUGUCCAAUGAGCAAGGCAACCAUCCAAAAUUCUUCAGAUCAAAGCAGCCACGCGGGGAAGCCGACUUCUCCAUCAUUCACUAUGCUGGAAAGGUGGAUUAUAAGGCCAAUGACUGGUUGGUGAAGAACAUGGAUCCUCUGAAUGACAACGUGGCAUCUCUUCUCCACCAGUCCACAGAUCAUUUUGUCUCAGAGCUAUGGAAGGAGGAUAUUCAAACUCUUCCUCGUGUGUACUUCUUUGACUCCUAUGCCACUCUGCAGGCCAAUGGCUCCGACAUGGACAGGAUUGUGGGUCUGGACCAGGUGUCAACAGGAGAAAACAGUGGACCAGUCCCGUUCGGAGCUGCAGGACUGAAAACAAAGAAAGGAAUGUUCAGGACUGUUGGUCAGCUCUACAAAGAGUCUCUCACCAAACUGAUGGCCACCCUGAGGAACACCAACCCCAACUUUUUGCGUUGCAUCAUCCCCAACCACGAGAAGAGAGCUGGCAAACUAUCACCCCACCUGGUUUUGGACCAGUUGAGAUGUAAUGGCGUUCUUGAAGGCAUUCGUAUCUGCAGACAAGGCUUCCCCAAUCGCAUUCCAUUCCAGGAGUUCAGGCAGAGAUAUGAGAUCCUGACUCCUAAUGCUAUUCCUCGCACCUUCAUGGAUGGCAAACAGGCAUCAGAACUAAUGAUCAGUGCUUUGGAGCUGGAUCACAACCUGUUCAGGGUGGGUCAGAGUAAGGUCUUCUUCAGGGCUGGAGUUCUCGCACACCUGGAAGAGGAGAGAGACCUGAAGAUCACUGACACCAUCAUUCGCUUCCAAAGUGCCUCCAGGGGCUUUCUUGCACGCAAAGCAUUUUUGAAGAAACAACAGCAACUGAGUGCUCUUAGGGUGAUGCAGAGGAAUUGUGCUGCUUAUCUUAAACUCAGAAACUGGCAAUGGUGGCGGCUGUUCACAAAGGUAAAGCCCCUGCUGCAGGUGACCCGACAGGAUGAAGAGAUCCAAGUCAGAGAAGCCGAGCUCCAGAAGGCCAAGGAUAACCUGACCAAAGUAGAGCAGGAAUUCACUGAGCUAGACAGAAAACAUGUGCAGCUGAUGGAGGAGAAAGCUGUGCUGGCUGACCAGUUGCAAGCAGAGGCGGAGCUGUUUGCCGAGGCAGAGGAGAUGAGGGCAAGGUUGGCUAGUCGGAAGCAAGAGCUGGAGGAAGUUCUGAGCGAACUGGAGAGUCGACUGGAGGAGGAAGAGGAGAGAGGUGCACAGCUGACCAAUGAGAAAAAGAGGAUGCAGCAGAAUAUACAGGACCUGGAGGAGCAGUUAGAAGAGGAGGAAAGCGCCCGACAGCGCCUCCUGUUGGAGAAGGUUACUUUGGAGACCAAAGUAAAAAGUCUGGAAACAGAUCUUUUGAAUGCAGUGGAGCAGAGAGACAGGCUCAGCAAGGAAAAGAAGCUGUUGGAGGAACGUUUGGGUGAGGUGACCGACCAGCUCACGGAGGAAGAGGAGAAAACUAAAAGUCUAAACAAGCUUAAGAACAAACAGGAAGCUGUCAUUGCUGACCUAGAAGAGCGCUUGAAGCGUGAGGAGCAGGGCCGCUUGGAGCAGGAGAAGUGGAAGAGGAAGAUGGAGAACGAAUCGGUGGAGGCACAGGAGCAGCUGUCAGACCUGGGCAUGCUGUCUGCUGAGCUGAGGGGAAGUUUGUCUCAGAAGGAAAAGGAAAUCACCAUCUUACAGGGGAGGUUGGAGGAAGAGGGGGCACGUCGCGCUGAAGCUCAAAGGUCGCUGAGAGAGGCCAUGUCACAGGUGUCUGAGCUGAAGGAAGAAGUGGAGAAUGAGAGAGGGAUGCGGGAAAGGGCAGAGAAACAGAAGCGAGACCUAGGGGAGGAGCUGGAGGCUUUAAGAACUGAGCUGGAGGACACGUUGGACACCACAGCCGCUCAGCAAGAGCUCAGGUCUCGUCGGGAGGCAGAGUUAAAUGAGCUCCAGAGGUGUGUCGAAGACGAGACUCGCCGCCAUGACUUACAGCUGUCUGAGCUCAGAGUGAAACACAGUGCUGCUUUAGACAACCUUCAGGAACAGCUGGACAACAGCAAGAGGGCACGACAGUCCCUGGAAAAGUCCAAGGCAGCGUUAGAGGAAGAGAGGCAAAAUCUGACCUCCGAGCUCAAAAGUCUUCAAUCAGUCCGCAUGGAGAGUGAGCGAGGUCGCAAGAGGGCUGACAGUCAACUGCAGGAAGUCACUUCCCGACUGACUCAAGCUGAGAGAGAGAGGGAGGACAGGGAGGAGCGAAUACACAAGCUGCAGUGUGAGAUUGAGGCUCUUUCUGGCAAUUUGACCUCCACUGAGACCAAAACACUCCGGCUCACCAAAGAAGUUAGCAGCCUGGAGAGUCAGCUUAACGAUGCAAAGGAGCUGCUGCAGGAUGAAACCCGUCAGAAGAUGGCUCUGGUAUCAAGGGUGCGAGCACUGGAGGAGGAGAAGAACGGGCUGAUGGAAAGACUUGAAGAGGAGGAGGAAAGAACCAAAGAGCUUUCCCGGCAGAUUCAGACUCACACCCAGCAGCUGGCAGAGCUACGCAAGCAGUCAGAGGAAGUCAAUACUGCGGUGGAAAGUGGGGAAGAGGUGCGCAGGAAACUUCAGAGAGAACUGGACAGCACUAUCCAGAGGGAGCGGCAGAAGGAGGAGGAGAAGGACCGAGUGGAGAGACAGAGGGAGCGACUGAGAGAGGAAAUAGAGGACAUGACGCUGGCCCUACAGAGGGAGAGGCAAAACUGCACGGCCCUGGAGAAGAGGCAGAAGAAGUUUGAUCAGUGUCUGGCAGAGGAGAAGGCGGUGAGCGCUCGGCUGGCGGAGGAGAGGGACAGAGCAGAAGCAGACAGUCGAGAGAAGGAAACCAGACAUCUUGCGCUCUCCCGGGCCCUGCAGGAGGCUCAGGACCAGAAGGAGGAGCUAGAGAGGGUCAACAAGCAGCUUCGCAUAGAAAUGGAACAGCUUGUUAACCAGCAGGACGAUGUCGGCAAGAAUGUUCAUGAGCUGGAGCGCGUCCGGCGGUCCUUAGAAACAGAGGUCCAGAACCUGCAAGUUCAGACGCAGGAGCUGGAGGAGGAACUGUCAGAGGCGGAGAACUCGAGGCUGAGGCUGGAGGUGACCCUGCAGGCGCUCAAGGCUCAGUUUGAGAGAGAGAUCAGCAGCAACGAGGAGAAGGGAGAGGAGAAGAGAAGAUCACUCAGCAAACAGUUGAGAGAGUUAGAGAUCCAGCUGGAGGAAGAGAGGAGCCAGCGAUCUCAGGCUGUGUCCUCUAAGAAGCAGCUGGAGGCAGAGCUGCAGGAAGCCGAGGCCCAGGUGGAAGCAUCCAACCGAGGCAAAGAGGAGGCUGUGAAGCAGCUGCGACGGCUGCAGGGACAAAUGAAGGACCUUCUUCGUGAGCUGGAUGAAACCAAGUUGGCUCGGGAGGAGGUGGUGACACAGUCGAAAGACAGUGAGAAGAAAAUCCAAACCUUGGAGGCAGAGGUCCUGCAGCUCACUGAGGAACUGUCUGUAUCAGAGAGACAAAGGAGACAGGCUCAGCAGGAGAGAGACGAGAUGGCUGACGAGAUGGUCAACAGCAGUUCUGGAAAGUCUGCUUUACUUGAUGAGAAGCGAAGGUUGGAAGCUCGCGUCAGUCAACUAGAAGAGGAGCUGGAGGAAGAACAGACCAACUCUGAACUGCUGGCAGAGAGACAAAGGAAGACUGCUCUACAGAUGGAGACUCUGACGGUGCAACUGCAAGGCGAGAGGACUCUGGCCCAGAAGGCGGAAGCAGCUCGAGAGCAGCUGGAGAAGCAGAACAAGGAGCUAAAGGCCCGGCUGGGGGAGAUGGAGGGAGCAGUGAGAGGCAAACACAGGCUCAGCGUCACCGCCCUGGAGGCCAAGAUAGAGGCAAUGGAGGAGCAGCUGGAACAGGAGAGACAGGAACGAGCAAUAGCCAACAAGCAGGUGCGAAAAACAGAGAAGAAACUGAAGGAGGUGAUGAUGCAGUCAGAGGACGAGAGGAGGCACGCAGACCAGUACAGAGAACAGCUGGAUAAGUCUAUGGCCCGCUUGAAGCAGCUGAAGAGGCAGCUAGAGGAGGUGGAGGAGGAGAACUCUCGCUCCAACGCCCAGAAGAGGAAGCUGCAGAGGGAGCUGGAGGAGCUGACAGACAGCAGUCAGACGAUGACACGCGAGAUCAGCUCCCUACGCAGCCAGCUCAGACGUGCUCCGUUGCCCCUGGCGAUGCGUGGACGCAGAGCAUUGGUUGACGAUUACUCGUUGGAGAACUCUGACUCAGAGGAGCCCCCCGCCUCACCGACACCCUCCUCCGGACUCCCAGGGACCCCGACACCUUCAUCUGAACACAGCUUGGACCCUCCACCACCCUACAGCGUCAACAACACAGAGUGAUGCACAGAUAGACUUAGACCAACACACACACACACACACACUCACUCACACACACACACACACACACACACUCACACACACACACACACACACACACACACACACACACACACACACACACACACACACACACACACACACACGCCUCUCACAGCCUGGGCUACUCAGGGGUGAAAGUCACUUGUGCAUGGUAUGAAUCCGAACGGUGGUUUAUGAAAGAAAAGUCACAUAGAACCUCACUGAAUUGCUGAUGCUCUUUUUUCUUAACAAAUGGAAAAUGUGCAAAAUAAGAUUUUACAAAGAGGCAAGUGGAAUUAAUUUUUAUUUUAGCAAACUGUGACAUAAAAAUUACCACAAGGACUGUACCUGUAAUUUCUACAUCAUUUUACAGCUCUGUAAAGAUACAGCUCUUCUGAGAAACACAGAUACAUCUCCCGGAGUUUCAACGGGAGAGUCAGUUAUUAUACACUAAUUUCAUGAUACUGUACAGUACUUAGGAAGCAGAAAAUCUGAUCGUGAUCUUGCCUUUUCCUUUAGGAGUUAUUUCAGAUCUAAGCCAUGUUUAACCCUUUGAUGAGGAUAUGCAGUCUGAUUUUACACAGGAGAGUGGAAAGACAAUCUAGAUAUAACGUUCUCCAUCUCUGUGAGUCAUAUGUAAAAUCUGACAUCCUGCAAAUGUCAGUUAACUUACAGUUAGACUCAACAGGAAAACACUAAAUAGUGAUGGACAGAAAUGCAGUUUCUAAAUAGUACAAACCGAGAAACUUGAUUGUUGAUUCGUCAACAUUGGUGAAUUAAACCUCAGAGAAACAGCUAAACAUCAGCCUGAACUAAGUCUAUGACAUGUUGAUCUCAUUUCAUAUCAAACAGGUCAAAGCUGUAGGACCUUCCGUCCCUACGCUGCAUUUAGGUUGUAUUCAAUGAUAAAUCAUUUUCUAUAGAUUAGCAACAGUAUAAUGUUACACAAUGCAGUAGGUAGUGAUGCAUAGUUUCUUUAACUAAAUCUUAACAUGUUGCAUCAGAAAUUUGUAUGAUUGAUAUCAGAUCUAAACUUAAGUUAUGCUGUCUGGUUUUCCUCCGUUCACCUCUGUUCAGUGAGGGCGCUUGUUCGUGUGAUAAUUCUGGCACUGAUGUCUGGACAUUUACAGCCGAGUCUGUAAUAUCAUCUGGUUAAUAUCAUUGCUGAACUACAAAUUUAAGGCUCGUCUAAGGCAGAAACAUAUCUACUGCUGUAUUAAUUUAUCUUGUUCAUGUUUUAGACUGAUAAACACACUUUAUUUUGUCAAGCAUCUUGUACAUUGUAAUUUUGAUUUUUACUGGUGUAAAUUAUUGAUUAAACAAAGCUUUUGUGUUCAAACGAUGGGCGUAUGGAUGAGACAAAGGGACUUAGAUUUGUAGUAAACGUAGAGUAGCUGUAGAUUAGAGUAGAGGAACGCAGGAGAGUCCGGCUAGGUUUUCUACUGGAGCAUUUCCUGAAUAGAAUAAAGUGAGUGUGUGCUCACAGAUCCCUGUAGUCGACUGUAGAAAAAGCAUGAGACUCCAAGCAUUUUGAGAUCACAGUAGCGUUAGAUAGAAAAUUACAACGGAGACACAAAGGAUCAUUUUUUUAAUGGAAAUUUUUUUAACUCUAGCUAAGUUAUAAACUCCACUGACACGUGGUAAAUAAACAAAUGUUUUAGGUGUUUGGUUUGACCUUCAGUGCUGCGUGUUGCAGCUUCAGUGCUGAUGAGUCUUUGACAAAUAUGCUUAUUUGCUGUCAUGUGAGAGUUACAUGGGAAAUGAUUUAGACUGUGACCGAGGAGGGACAAAAUCCCAUAGCAGCACGUUAAAAUACUUGUUUUAUCUUGUUUAUUUAUUCCAUAUAAAAACCAAAGUGCAAAAAUGACAAGGUGCCGAUUAAAUAAACAAGAUGUAACAUAUUAAGUGCAGAGUUUUCCAAGUGCCAGCAGAUUAUAUGUCUUAGUUUCCAGUCUUUAUGCUGAGCAGAGUUCAUUUCAGCUGCUUAGCAUAAACACAAGCGUAGCAUCGAUGUUCCUGUGUAACUCUUGAAAAUGAAGCAAAUGGGUGCAUUUCUCAAAUGGCAGAACUAUUUCUGUAAUGAACUGAGACGAGCUGCUGAACCUAGAAUGUCACUGGUGCUUUAACUUGAAACUAAAGAAAAGUAAAGAUUGCGUGGCUCAAAUGUCAAAAUAUGUUCUUAUUGUUGCUUAUAAAACCAAUACGGUAAAAGAUUAACUAUCUUCAAACCCAACAGUACUGAGUAAUGAGGAAUGUUGGCUCUGUUUGAGUAAACAGGUUUGUAUUGCACUGAUGAACAAACGCAUGUAGCUGAACAGACAGGACGCCCCAGUGUCCCAAGUUUUCACUUUGUUUCUGCCUCCAGCUUCACCUUGAUCCACAGUUGGCCUCCUGUGAACACACACCUAGUUACCUGAGUCACGAAAGGGUUAAACAACCAACUGAACGUAUCUCUGGUGUUGGAAGCAGUGUUUUUAGGAUGUGACGUAACUGCUGGGAGACUGUGUCUGGACGCCCGAGUGUCCAGUAUGUCCUUAAACCAAGUGAGCUGUCGUCACCACUUUGACCUAAAGAUUUUAAUCACAAAUUGUCCCAUGAAACACGGCGACUGUGACCGGGCCCUGAUCGAUGAGUAUGUGGACUGAAGCGCUGGAGCGAGUGCAGAUGAGUUUCGUAGCAAGAGCGAGGCUGGUGCUUCUCUGCGCUGUCUCCUUUCCCCUGUGUUUGUGGACGGCUACUGUGGAACUUUAAAUACUUUGGAAAUGUUUUAUCGUUUUAGCCUUUUUUUUUUGUUAAUGAUGCUGUAAUUAUAAAACAUGACUGGGGUUAACUUUAAUAUAUGUUGUUGGUUUUGA